UAAUGGGCGUGGCCGCGGUGAGGGCGGGGUUUUGUUGGCUCCAGGAGUAGGCGGUCGUGCUGCCAGUGCGGGCGGUGGGCCGCUUGAGCGCCGUAGUUGUAACGGUCGAAACGAAUAUCCUCCCCCUCCCCCGUUAUUGGUGAGGAAAGGACGAGGGAUGGACACGUCUAACCAAGGCCUGCUGCAAGGUGACCCAGCACCCGAAGUAGGAGAAGAUGCAGUUGCAACUUCUGACCUUGGUGGUGGAAUGACAGAUGAUGAGCGAGAAGAACUGACAAAUGAACUUGCUAAAGUGGAGGAGGAAAUCCAAACACUUUCUCAAGUGCUUGCAGCUAAAGAAAGACAUGUUGCUGAAUUAAAGAAGAAGCUAGGAUUGACUCCACUACAUGAACUUAAACAGAAUUUGUCAAAAAGCUGGUUAGAUGUACAGUCCUCCACAGCGUUUAAAAAGACAUCUGAAACCCUCUCUCAGGCUGGUCAGAAGGCUUCAUCUGCAUUUACUAAUUUUGGUUCUGCUAUUACCAAAAAAUUUGAAGAUGUUAGAAAUUCACCAACUUUCAAGUCAUUUGAAGAUAGAGUUGAAAGCUUAAAGGUGACUGCCCAGAAAAUUGACUCAUUUGCAUCAUUACUGAGACGCUCUCCUCUAAUGCAGAUGGGCCCGACCAAAGACAAAAUAGUCAUUGGUAAAAUUUUCCAAAUUGUGGGUGAUGAUCUUUAUAUUGACUUCGGUGGCAAGUUUCAUUGUGUGUGCAGAAGACCAGCAGUUGAUGGAGAGAAAUAUCAGAGGGAAGUGAGAGUGCGUUUGAGACUUGUUGAUCUGGAGCUGACAUCACGUUUCCUUGGAGCCAAAACGGACACAACACUGCUAGAGGCAGAAGCUGCACUCCUGGGUUUGUUGGACGUUAAGGAUACAAAUCAAAGAGAUUGAAAAUCAUAAGCAAUAAUGUGAUUUUGGUUCCAUAAAGAAUAUGUAUUCUUGCUUUGCUAUUUUAUACGAAAUAAACUUUUGUAGGGUGAGUUUGUUUGUGUUAAUCAGUUCAAACAUUGCACAUUAUUUUUAUUGAUACUGCUUCGAAUCAGCAAAUGUGAAACAACCUUUCCCUUCUCUUUUUCCUACUCACUCUGGAACAAUCCCCUUGUUAUCUACACACUGCUGUAACUUUCAUUCAAACAAACUUAUCAAUUCUUAUUGUCCCCCUAAAUUACUGGUCUCCACAGAGGUCAGCUUUUCCAAGUUCCUGCAUUCAAAGGCUGUUCAUGUCCACAAUAGCUAAUCAAACAAGUCCAAACCUGUGCAUUUUCUAACACUGCCACUAUUUAGAAACGUUCUUGGACAUGCCACUAGACUGACGUUAGCCCAUUACCUGAAAUGGUUUUGCUCUAAUGAAAACACAAAAUUCUGUAAAUACCCGACAUGUUUGACAGUCUGUGGAGAGAUAAAUAUUAUUAACAUUUCAGAUUGAUGCUUUCAUUUAAUAGGUCUGAAAAAAUCUACAAUGUUUAGGUUUGAGCAAAUGUAUUUCCAUCUAUUAAAUGAUGCACUUAAACAGCUUAUUCUUUGUCACUGAAGGGAUUGAUGGUAAACUAACAUAUAUCCAAUAAUCCAAUGACAAUUGGCAGGAAUAAUAACCAAACAGUCUUUUAAUGUACAGUGUAUCUCCCAAAACUAUAUCUAGAAACUGAUGUUGGUACUGUAUGUGAAAUUGUCAUUGUCCUAGUCAAUGUGUUGGUAACUUAUUCUAUUUGCAUUCUGUUGAGGUAGGUUGUAUUGUUUGCUCUUGGAUUAUCAUCACGUAUGACGUUACUGUCUGUGGUUUUGUGACAUGGACUGUGUUUUUGAAUACGUAUUGCAGAAUGCUAAGGAUUUGACAAACGCUUCAUUCCAAGAAAUAGUUACAAAAUGAAAAUUAUAGUGGAAAAAAUCUGUAGUGAGACCAUCACUUUUUUUCUCUUCUUUUUCUCCUUUAUGUUUUGGAACUGUGAGCUGGAGUUGAAAAUCAAACUUUGAAAAGCAGUUUAUUUCAAAAAAAGAGAAUGAACAAAUUGAUGUUUGCAAAUGGGAGCAGACCUGGAAAGAUAAUUACAGGGUCAUUCUAAGAUGUUGUUAGGAUGUUGCAUUGGUCAACCAAGAGAAGGCUAAUGUAGAUCAGCCAACCAUAGAGAAUGCAGAAAAACAAGAAACCAUAUAUUGAACUGUUUUUGACUGGGUCUUUGGUAGAAGGUGGUAUGCUCAAGCUACUGAACUGUAACACCGUGCUUAAGAUUUACCUGUAGUAUUAUAUUCAGCUAAAGAAUUGUUAAAUGUUCUGAAAACAAAAUCCCAGUUUAUAAAAAAAAGUUAAUAUUCCUUAGAUCCUGCUGGAGCUGUUUUCGUUGUCUGAUGAUUUCAGAAUUCAAGCAAGACCCAAUUCCAUGUAAUAUAAUGCACUGUUUAAGGAUUCCAUAAAAACUGGGUGCUCAUCAUUGAAACGGUUUCCAAACUGGCAAAUUACAACUCUUAUUCUAUUUUGAUUUAUCCUUUAACUGUAUAUACCUGAGAGUGAGUCAGGGUUACGUGCAAAGAAGAUUGGUUUUAAAUCAUAAACAUUAAUUAGAUUACCUUAUAUAGGUUUAUUCUACUAAAGUUAUAGUAUUAAUAAUAAAUUGUUACUUUUUGUUUAAGUUAUAAACUUGGUGUCUGAUAACUGUUGUCCUUAAAGUUUGGUUAAUUUCAAUGAUAAUGAGCCUGAUUUAGUUUGGCUAUUUCUGCAUUGAAUCAUCUGUUAAGUUACAGUAAGAUGCAAAGAAAUAUUUAAUCAACUGAAGUGCAGAUUGUUAGUUUUUACCACUUUGGCUACUGUUUUUAUUUCAAAUAAACAUUUCCUACUGAUGAUUAAAAUCCAAUAAUUAAAAUCACCUCCAUUUAAAAAAACUUUUGAAAGAUGGCACAAGUGAUAAUCCUGAUUUGUGUGAGAUCUCAUGAAGUGCAUUUUAAAGUGCCUGAUAGACUUGUCAAAAUAUUUGCUUAUAAUUAGUCUUUGAGGGGAAAAAAGCAGUACUUAACAUUUUGCCCCAAAGCACUUUGUUACAAAUUGACGUUUGGAAACUGAGUUUUCUUUGAGAAAUACUAGUUCUUUCUCAUCUCCGUCUCACCUAAAUUAAUUAUUCCAAAAUGUGAGCUGUGAUGCAAAGUAUCUCAGUCACUCUAAAUCCCUCACCCAUGUGGCCAUUUCUGUCACAGAAGUCUGCUAUGUUAGCAAGCUAUUUGACUUCAUGGGCAUCAAAGUCAAAUGUUAUCCUGUUCUGUUCAGUCAAAGCAGUAAAGGAAUUUGUUGCAUUCUGUGCUGGCUAGAAAGCAGCCUUGUUAUAUUUAGUAAUUUGAGUAGCUAAAAAAAAUGAAAACAAUGAUGAUAGGAAGUAAGCGAGAGAUAUCAAAUGUGUUGGUGAUUUAAUCAAGAAGCGAACUUUAAUAUUUUUAAUGAAUGUUUAAGAUUUAUUAUCAGCAGAAAAAGGCAAAAAAAGACUUAAAAUUAUAUAGACAUUUUCAAGACCACUGGACAUCGCAAAAACCUUUGCAGCCAUUGAAGUACAUUUUGAGGCUUAGUCAUUCUUGUAAUGUAGAAAGUGCAGAAAUGUGGGAUGAGUAGGUAAUUGUUUUGUGAUUUUUGACAUAUUGCCCUGAAAUACUUUAAUUCCACCCAGUCAGGCAAUUGAGACUUUAACUUCCUAACUGAAGGAUGGCACCUGUGACAGUACAAUGUUUAUUCCUGUUUGGAAUGUCCACCUUAACUUCUGAUUAGUUUAAAGGUUUCGCAUGUCAUUGCUGUUAAUAGUGAAUUCGGUUGACAUGUUUACUUUCCAUAAUCUUUGAUUAUUCAAUAUUUUUUGGAUACUGCAACAUUUUUGAGUUCUUUAUUGGAUUCCUAUAUUGGAAAAAUAUAUUACACUUUGUUUUGAACAUUUCACAGUUUUCAUGGAAAUUGAUUAAUUUACUUUAGCCAUUGCACUGUAUAUAGUGCUGUUUCUUAACUAUAGUCAUUGUUUACUAUCUUUCUUCAUUAAAACAUCUAUUUCCCCAAAUUGUUUCUUUUGCAUUAAAUAGACAUGGUGCUGUGUCAAAUGCAGGAUGAAAUAAGUGGUAGGAAAAAAUAAAGUGAGCUGUUAAAGAGCAGCAAUUGUUUGGAAUAUUUCUCCCUUGCCCUUUGGUCUCUGGUCUGGAGCAUCCAUGCACACGCUAGAUCACAGGGGAGCAGCAGUUUCAUUUACCGAUUCAACAACUUUGAAAAAAGUCCCUGUUCCUAAUUAGUGUUGCAAGUUGUACAGAUCAAUGGUGGGUUAAACUGAGCUGCCCACUCAAGUGGUGGGCGUACCAUUUCAUAAAAGGAAGAGGUUCUUCUCUUUCAUGGUGCUGGGUUCUUUCAGUUCAGCUACAGUGGGCUUGAUUCUUGUGUGAAAAACAACUGCCACAAUGCUUAAAUCCUAACCUCCUCACCCCUGACGGCAUGGGAAAGUGCACUCCUCAGCUGUUAGUUAUAUAAAGGCUGUUGCAGUCAUGAGAAAUGUUGAUAAAAGAAUGUAGUUUAACAUCUCUCCUCCUACCCUCUCUGUCAGCUGGUCUAGCGAGCUGCUUAAUUGGAAAAAAUGCUUUUCUAGGUGUGUUUGCUGUGAUUAACCAUAGUGUUAAAAAUUAUUGUGGCUAUUUAUUGUUUUCAAAGAAAAUAAGCAAUUUGCUACAUGCUUAUCCUAUCAUUUUUUAAAAAUCUUGCUAAGUCCAGAAUAUUUUUUGGCAAUCUUGAUUCUUGUGACAUGUUGAUCUAAGAUUUGUAAUAUGUGGUUUAAGUUGACUAUUUUAAACUUUGUCGAAACAUCUGUUUUCUGAUUUUCUGAAGAGAUCUGCUGAAGUGUAAUGGCUUACAGUAUAAGUUUUGUUUUAUUCCAGUCC